UGAUAGCUACUGCUAUUCAGUUGAAUCCAGUCGUUUAUCUAGCCAGGAGGUAUUGACGGUGACUGAUCCGUGUCAUGUCGGAGAUCACCCUAGAUUUCCUGCAGGGCCUGCUCAAAGAUGAAUACCCAGAUGUCAAUAUACAGCAGUUUGAGGGUGCACCAGGCUCCAAGCGCGGAGACAACUAUACCUCCAUGGUAUACCGAAUCUCCAUGACCGGUAUCCGAAGACACGUCGAGCCAGACGGUUCCAGCGAAACUGACGAGCCUUGGGAGUACUCCAUCAUCUACAAGUGCCUCCCCGAAAGCAUCUUGCGCAGGGAAGCCUUCAAAAGCGACGAGCUUUUCUGCAACGAGGUCGCAUUUUACAACAAAAUCUGGCCUGCUUUACUCAACUUCCAAAAACAGUGGAAUGUCCACAACCCGUUCAAGUCGAUCCCGAAGUGCUAUCUGGCUCAAAAUGACUGCGUGGUGCUGAAGGACUUGAAGAGGGAAGGGUAUGUGAUGCCCGAGAGGCGCCAGGGUCUAACUAUAGAGCAAUGUUACAUGGUCAUGAAACAUUUGUCGCAGUUCCAUGCGCUGUCUCUCGCUAUGAAGUGUCAUGACCCGGAGGCGUUUUAUGAGCUGCUGAACGUCAAAGAUGGAAUUUCUGAAGUAUUCUUCGUUGAAGAGAACUUCGAUUAUUACAAGAACUACUUCAUAGAGGCUACAUCAAACGCCAUAGCUAUGGUAGAACAGGAGUUAGCCGACUCUGAAGACAAAGACAAAUACUUGGACAAGUUCAAGGCGUUCUGCAGCGAGGAUAACUACUUCCACGCCAUGGUGGAACUGGUCACUCCUACGGAACCACUAGCAGUGAUUGGACAUGGAGACUGCUGGACUAAUAACUUCUUGUUUAAAUAUGUGGAUGGUGAUAUUGCUGACAUGUACAUCGUGGACUUCCAAGCAGUGCGCUAUGCCUCUCCAGCAUUAGACCUUGCGUACGUGAUGUACAUGUGUCUCGACCGGGAGCAGAGGGCAGAGCACCUCUCCUCACUUCUGGAGUACUACACGGAUGAACUGCACCGGAGGCUGGUGCAGAUGAGUGAUGAAGACUCCGUGUUCAAUACCAGUUUGAACAGGGAUGCGCUUUAUUCUUUAUUACAAGAGGAAUUCAAGCGCGCCGGGCAGUUUGGUCUCGGCAUCGCGGUAGACAUGUAUCCGAUUAUGACGUGCGACAGUGAUGAGGCGCCUGACUUGUAUCAACACGAGCUUCAGGAGAGCGAGCCAUCUUCAACGUCGCGCGUUGCACCAGUGCAGACCAACAGUGCAGUUUGUAGCAAGAAAAUGACAGACUUACUCAUAGAGCUAGUGGAUAAUGGAGUACUAUGAUUUAGUUAAUUAUUCAAUUAUCAAAUACUAGCUUACCUAGCAUGAAAACAAUUUUUAAUCAAUAUCAUAGUGUCGGCAAAACGGAAUGGAAUUAUUCAGAUUGACAGAAAGCAAAGUUGCCAUAUAUGUAUAACGAUUGACGGUACAAAAUAUUACCUAAUGGUAGAAUUUUGGAGAUGUACUGAAAAACCACAAAGUGCAAAGAGGGUAGGUAAAUAAAUUGUUCAAGGACAUAAAAGUUCCUAAUAUUAUAAUGAUUGUUUAAAGAUUAAGUUCUAAUUUAUGUAUAGCAUGACAAUUACUUUUUUUGUGUAAUUCAAUCAAAUUCAAUGUAUGUAGGCUCGUUAAAAUUGUUACCAAAACGAAAGUGUCAACCCAUUUGGACAUGUACUAAUUUUAAUUGCAAAAGAUGGUUAGUAUAAAAAAUAAUAAUGUGUCGUAGGUAUGUCAAUUUAUUGUAUAUCGUUUAGUUAAUAAACACGUACAAUAAAAUAUUGGGUUAAAGCCUUAAAA